AUGCCGUUGUUCAUGGUGAACACUAACGUGGCGAAGGGUAAAGUUCCUGCUGCACUGUUCUCUGAGGCGACACGAGAUCUGGCCAGGGCUUUGGAACGACCAGAAUCUUAUAUCACAGUGCACGUUGUGCCAGAUCAGAUGAUGACGUGUGGGGGAAAGACAGACCCUGUUGCUCAGUGCAAACUCUAUAGUGCUGGACAGAUUGGCCCAGAGAAGAAUAAAGAGUACAGCAAGCUCAUCUGUGGCCUGCUGAACAAACAUCUGGGCAUCUCACCAGAGAGGUGUUUUAUCAUCUUCACCGACCUGCAGGGAAGCAACGUGGGUAAUAACAACACCACUCUUGGAUGA